UCAAAUCUCCUUAAUGUCGUCCCAUGCAAGUUGAAAAAUCGACCGAUUUUAACCCUCACAACAUUUACGUCCCUAUAAAGCUAUCUAUUACUUCUUCUUCCUUUCGCCCCCAUUUCUCUUCACCUUCCUCUCAAUUUCAGCCACUGUUUCCGUAAUUGUUAUAUAAAUCCCUUAAUGUUCAUGCCAUUUCACUCACCCCAAUCCAAGUUUAAUUUUCAAUCUCAAUCUGUUUCAAUUUCGAUUUUAAUUGAGAACUUGAGCAUGACAAAGAAAGAGGAGGUCUCGAAACGAAAAACGAAGAGUUUGAACGCCAAGUUCCAUGGACUAAAACAAAAUAUGGGACAGAUAAAGGAAGAUCAAAGAUGCAUAAGAGAUGAACAAAGGAAGAUACGAGGAAGGUUGGAAGAUGUUAGACGCCAAUGCAAUGAAGUCAGACUGGAAAGUGAAGCGAUUGUGAAGCAAUCAGCUUUCAAUCGGAUUCGGCUUGUUAUUAUGUUCCAAAUCAUAAAAGCUCGCAAAGACGGUGAUUUUGACAAAGCUGCUCUUCUCUGUCGUUUCCUUAAUUCCAUUUCUGAUAGAACCAACCACUUAUUUGGGUCUGGUAAAAAGAAAAAAGGGUGCAAUUUGGGGCUAAAUAGAAGAAAAAUGAAACAAAUGGGCUAGAUUGAAGAAAGGAGCAAAGAAGGCGGGCCAAAGCAGAAUUUUUCCAAGAUUAAUUAGCUGAAAUUUUAUGUUGACUUAGUGGUAAAUUUUAUGUAGGGAUUAUGUAGCAAGGCCACUAGUAUAAAUACGGGGCUACAUUGUUCAUUUAAUCAUCAAGUUUUCAAUCAAGUCAUUCAUUAAGUGUUUUCUUUCUUCAAGUGUUUUUCAUAAAGUUCUUUUAUCAAGUUUUUAAUUACCAAGUUUUUUUAUUAAGUUUCGCAUCAAGUUCUUUUUAAGCUUUUCAUCAAGUCUUUUCAUCAAGUUUUCCAUCAAGUUUUUAAUCAUUAAGUUUUUCAAUUAAGCUUUUAUCUCUUGCAAUUCAAUCUUUUCUUUCCUUUUUGCAAAUUUAGUUGCUGACAUUAAUUCCUUAUUUUUUUCUAUCUAUUAGUUUCCAACCUUGCGUCACCUUCACCCACCUACUUUCAUUUCUUUUUCAUUUAUUCAACCUUUUCCAAUUAUGCCCAAUACCAACAUGCCCCAAACCUUAGUCAACUAAAUCCAUUUUCAGCUUUAGGUCGGAGUUAGCCUCGUCAAAACCCGUGAGUUACGAACUCGAGUAAUUUAACUCCUAAAUUUCAGUACUUAUUAUUUCUCCGGAUUAAGAGUAUGAUUUUGUCAACUCACAAAGUCAUAUCAACUCUAAGUCAAAAAAAGACGUCGUUUGAGUUAGUGUGGUUAGACGUAUAGUUGGAAUUCCGAAAGGAUCGAUUGUCUGAUUGUUUUUCCGUGAAUACAUUGGCGUGCCAAGUGGGGAUUGUUGUUUGGUUCCGUCAAGGGAAGUAGUAACCGGAUUUAAAUGUCCCACGUGGUUGAGGGAUUGGUUCGAGCUAGGCUCUUCUAGAACGCAAAGCUGCCGGAGUUCUAAAUCACGAACGUUUCGUUGGUUGUUCGAUCAGUAAGGGUUAGUUAUUGGACGUUCCAUAACUAAUUUACACAAUGAAGAGUUGGUGUCCGAGGCGUCCUUGGUAGCUAUAACUAGCUUAUUGGGAAAGAGGGGUUCAUCUAAUUUCGAGGACCGGUUCAAAGACGAGAAAAACUCGGGCCUAAAGCUAAGCUUAGUUUAAUUAAUUUUUCUUCAGAUUUAUUUAACUAUUUUUAUUAUUUUAUUUUCAGCCUUUAAUUUUCAAGCAUUUUUUUUCCUGUUUAUUUCAGGUUCCAGGUUUUCAAUUUUAUCCUCCCCUCAAAUUCCUUGGGCACGACAAUUGCCCCGACAUAAAUCUGUUCAAGAGAGAAACAAUUUGCAGUAAACUCAGUCUCUGAGGGAUCGACCCUAGUCCCUAUACUGUUUAAAUUGCAAAUUAGGCGUAGAUUUAUAUUGGUGGAAUCGACACCCAUCAGUUUUGGCGUCGUUACCGGGGACUGGCAACUAUUACAAUUGUUUAAAUCAUCUUCAUGACCAGAUCUUCAUCCGGAGAUCUCGAAUACGACCCAGAGAUCAACAAAUCAGCACGAGCACGACGAAAAGAGAUGGAAGAUCUUAAACGUGCAAGUAAAGCAGAAGUUGAGCUAGGACAAGGGAUCCUAGAAUCCGACGUCGAAAUGUUGAGCCAAGCAAUUCGUGUAGAGGCAAUUCGACGUGGGAAACUAGUCGAAAUGGUUGAACCUGAGACCGAACCACUUCCUGAAACUAAAAAGGCAAAAAAAGACCUCGGUGGACCAGAAAGAAUGGCGAACCAAACCAUUCGUCAACUAGCCGCUGCUCCCAACGAGAAAACACAGUUAUGCAUCAACUAUCCAACCGGAGAAACCCCGUUCGAGUUGAAAUCAGGCCUGAUUCACCUUUUGCCCACUUUUUGAGGCUUGAAGAAAGAAAAUCCACACACUCACUUGAAAGAAUUCCACAUGGUCUGCUCAAGCAUGAAACCUCAGAGAGUAACCGAAAAUGAAAUCAAACUUCGGGCCUUUCCUUUUUCUUUAGUUGAUACAGCAAGAGAAUGGUUAUUUUACUUACCCUCCAAUUCUAUUACAACGUGGGAUGACUUAUCUCGUGUAUUUCUUGAUAGACUUUUCCCAGCAUCGCGAGCAGCUGAACUUAGGAGAGACAUAGUGGGAAUUCGCCAAAUGAAGUGUGAAUCAUUCUACGACUAUUGAGAGCGGUACAAAAAACUGUGUGCAAGUUGUCCUCAACACGGUUUGACCGAACAAUCACUUCUUCAGUUUUUCUACGAGGGUUUGCUCCCUAUGGAAAUGAAGAUGAUUGAUAUUGCUAGUGGAAGGGCGCUUAUCAAUAUGACUCCACAAAGGGCAAGAGAACUGAUAUCCACCAUGGCGGCAAAUUCUUAAUAGUAUUGGCCAAAUUCAGAACCCACAAGAGGGGUUAAUGGGGUAAACGUUUCAUCCUUAGAAGAUAAAUUGGAUAAGCUUACUAAUAUUGUUCAAUAUAUGCUUACAGAAAAGAAGAAUCUGACCCAACUGUGUGAAAAUUGUACUACGUCUGAACAUCAGACGGAUUUGUGCCCAAUCCUUAACGACAAUUCAACGGCACAUGUUGAUGCUGUCAGAGGCUUUCCGGGACCUCCGCAAAGACGCUAUGAUCCUUUCUCCAACACCUACAAUCCCGGGUGGAAGGAUCAUCCCAACUUAAAUUAUGGAGCUAAUCACCGGUACAAUCCAUCAUACCAACCAAGACCUCCGCCACUGCCACAACAACCCAAGCCGAGUACAUCUCUAGAAGCUAUUAUGGAGAGACUUGUCAUCGAUGCUGUAAAAUACCAACAGAGGACAGACACAUCAAUACAAGAGUUAACUAAUCAAGUUAGUAAACUCUCGAUGGCAGUUAAUCGUUUAGAAUCUCAAGGUAAAUUACCUUCCCAGACAGAGCCGAAUCCUCGACAGAAUGCAAGUGCAAUAACUCUUUGUAGCGGAAAGGUUCUAGAAAUAGUUCCAGACAAAAGUCAUGGGCAAGGCAAGGAACGGGAAAAGUAGACCUCUGAUCCAAAAGCUAGACCGGAAUAAGAAAUUUAGAAACCAAUCGUGAUGCCAUCUCCUUUUCUAGGGAGGCUCGCAAAGGAUAAGAAAGAGAAGGAGGAAAAAGAAAUCCUCGAAACAUUCAGGAAGGUGGAGGUAAAUAUCCCUUUGCUCGACGCUAUCAAACAAAUCCCUUGUUAUGCAAAAUUUCUCAAGGAAUUGUGUACUAGCAAGAGUAGGUUAAUAGGAAACGAAAGAGUAAAUGUAGGAGAAAAUGUCUCCGCAGUACUGCAAAAGAAAGUUCCGCCCAAAUACAAAGAUCAAGGUAUGUUUGCUAUUUCCUAUGAGAUAGGUAAUGUAGGCAUUAAGAAAGCCAUGUGUGAUUUAGGGGCUUCCAUUAAUGUUAUGUCUUAUCCUAUUUAUAAUUUGAUUAACGCGGGUCCUUUAAAAAAGACAGGAUUAAUAAUCCAGUUGGCGAAGAAGUCAGUCGUAUAUCCCGAAGGGUUGCUUGAAGACGUCCUUGUUAAAGUUAACGAAUUAGUUUUCCCUGCAGAUUUCUACAUUAUUAAUAUGGAGGACGAUAACUCAACUAAUUUGUCUGACAUUUUACUUGGAAGGCCGUUCCUAAGUAUUGGAAGCGCAAAAAUUGAAGUUCGGAGCGGAACACUGACAAUGGAGUUUGACGGCGAAAUCGUGAAAUUCAAUGUCUAUGAAGUUAUGGGUCAUCCUAACUCACUAUCAAAUAUUUCUAGCAUUGAUGUUAUAGACUGUUUAACGCAAACUUAUUCUGAAUAUCAUGACUUUGAUGAGUUGGAAACUGUCCUUUACAGAAGCAUUGACAUGGAUGUUUUAAAUCAUCUCGAGGAAUUAGCAAUUAUAGAAGAUCCGUUGCGAGAAAUUGUCAAACACUUGGAAACGCAACCAUCGUUGACGAACUGAGGUAACCAAUUUGAACUAUUACCUUUCCAAACUAAAAUGUUACCUUCGGUUUUGCAGCCACCAACCUUGGAGCUUAAAGCAUUACCGGACCACCUUAAGUACGUCUUCUUGGGAGAAAAAGACACUUUACCGGUAAUAGUGUCAAACAAACUAACCAAAGACGAGGAGAAAAGUCUAGUUCGAGUUCUGAGGGAUUAUAAAAAAGCUAUUGGUUGGACAAUAGCUGACAUAAAAAGGGAUAAGUCCAUCCACUUGUAUGCACAGAAUUUCCAUCGAAGAUAACACGAAACCAAAGAGAGGUGCUCAGAGGCACCUUAAUCCACCCAUGAUGGAGGUAGUAAAGAAGGAGAUCCAAAAACUGCUAAAUGUUGGAAUGAUAUACCCUAUCUCCUACAGUGAUUGGGUUAGCCCGGUUCAUGUUGUGCCCAAGAAAACUGGCGUGACAGUGAUGAAAAACUCGUCAGGAGAGCUGGUCCCUACUCGAGUCCAGAAUGGAUGGAGGGUUUGCAUCGAUUAUAGAAAGUUGAAUGCGGCUACUCGAAAAGACCAUUUUCCACUUCCCUUCAUUGAUCAAAUGCUCGAGCGAUUAGCUAGUAAGACCCAUUAUUGUUGUCUCGAUGGGUGCUUAGGAUUUUUCCAAAUUCGGGUGGCACCUGAGGAUCAAGAUAAAACAACUUUCACAUGCCCCUUCAGAACAUUUGUAUAUAGAAGAAUGCCAUUUGGACUCUGUAAUGCUCCGACCACUUUUCAGAGAUGCAUGGUGAGCAUAUUCUCUGACUAUGU